ACUGCCACACUUGAUGCCAUAUUCAUCUAGUAUCGGGAGCAUCCAUUCCAGAACAAGAGCGUCAUCAGCAUCUAGUACUAGUUGUGUUCCAGACGAGUGGCAGUACGAGUAUCAACACCAACAACGACGACGACUUCACCACCACCACCACCACCACCAGGACUACAAGAAGCAGAACCAACAACCCCACUCGCUCAUAAGCCAGAACCCGUACCCAAUCACUUUUUCAACACAGUCUCCCACCAUCCUGCCCAUGCCUGACUACAACCACGGAGCCCCCGACGUCCAAGACCUGCACGCAAGACUGGUCACUUUUGAGAGGUCGACCCCCGACAGCAACGCCAACGCCAACACCAACGGAGACAAACAUGGAGGAAAUCCCGCCGCCCAUGCAAUUCACGCCCAGCGACGUGCCCGACCCUCCAUCGACAGCGCACUCAUGCCGCCGUUUACAAAAUCAGCCACCGUGUCCACCACAGACACAGCCGGUACAUGCUCGACGUCUUCGUCGUCCGCAGCUGCAUACGGAUACGGAUACGGCCUGCGCGCGCACCCAAGCAGCCACUCACAUGCUGAAACCGUGGGCGUGGCCCCGGGUUCCUUCAGCAAGCCGCGCGUGCACAGCCGCAGCCGGAGCCACCAGCGCGACGGCCAGUAUGCCGGUUCGCGGAGCCGCAGUGCGGAGACGGCGCCACAGCAGGAAUUCAAGUAUUACGGACGCCAUGGGAAUCAGUGGCUUUUCAAUGAUUUCAGCGUCACGGAUGCGGUGGCCAGGGGCUUCAGACGCGUGUUUAGUAGUGGCAGGGGAGGAGGAGGAGAGGGCGAGGACGCGGGUAGGACGAGGGAUUGGUAUGAGGAUCGGGAGAGGUGAGUGUUGGCGCGUUUGUGUAUCUAGUUGGAAGCGUCAAUGCUACUGUCGGAUUUCCCAUGUGAAUUGUGUCUUGUGUGCUCUUUGUGUGUGUGAUAUCAUGUCAU